ACGCCGGUACGUUGUGCUCCGUUGCAAUCGUUGUGACGAUCUGGGUUUAUUGUUGCGUACCAUAUCUCCCCUCGUGUUUCUGGACCUACUCCAUCUCUCCUUCACUGACCUUUUCAGUUUGCUUGGACUCAGUUCACUGCUCAACCACAAUGAGCGACGACGAAAGCCAGAACAGCUCUGACGAGUCCGAACAUGAACGACGUGAGAAGUCGGACGAGGAAGAGGAGAUUCGAAGACAGGAGGAGGAACGAAAGCGACGUGAAGAAGAGGCAAGGCGCGAAGAGGUUGCACAAGAGAGACAACGCAAGCAACAAGAGAAGCAACGUCAAGAAGCGGAAGCCACGAAGAAACAACGGAAGCCAGGACAGAAACGUCGGGGUUUGGGUGGGCUAUCGAAAGAGAAGAAGCGAAUGCUUAAGCAAUUAAUUAUGCAAAAAGCGGCUGAGAUCAUGAAAGCUGAACGUAAGAAGGAGCAGGAGAAACGAGAUGAAUAUGUUCGCAGUAAAAUUGGCACAUUGUCAUUGGAAGGACUCAGUGAAGGUGAUUUGAGAGCAAAAGUGGCCAAACUACAUGAACAACUCAGACAACUUGAAGGUGAGAAAUACGACUGGGAGGAAAAGCUUCGACGGCAAGACUUUGAGAUAAUCGAGAUGACAGUGAAGGCCAACGAUAACAAGGGCAAGUUCGUCAAACCAGUCCUCAAGAAAGUGUCCAAGACCGAGAGCCACAUGGCAAGGUUUGAGAAGAAGGAAGGAACCGGCCACAGUCUCUCAUCAUUCAGAAACCAGUUGAAAUCUACUGGUCAUAGUAAAUAUGCUUUGGAAGAAAAGGAAGAAUCCGGAGGGAAAGCUGGAUGGCGAGAUCAACUCAAACCGAAGGAGGAAGAAGGCGCAGCCGCUGCUCAGUAACUGUUCUCAUUCAUUCGCACAUACCUGCCGCAGCCUACUCUGUUCGUGCACUUGCGCGCAACUUUUGGCGUUCCGAUUCGCUCCCUCUAUUCCCUCCAUUCUGUUUCCUCAAAGCGUUACCCGCUUUCGGUGUCAAUAUCUGUUUCGUCUUUCCCUGGGAUGCUCAAAGGGAUAAAAUCCAAUGUAAACACGAACCUAAAUCACCAUUUUCGUCUCCACCAUCCCCUACCAUUCUCUUGCAGAAUUCGAGACGUAAACACAUGGACUGCGGACAUACUCCCAACCUCGUCAUCUCACUCACUAUGCGUGUUUAUUGUGCGAGGUCUACAGGAGAGAAAUCGCUGGCAAUAGUGUUGUUUACUAUGGUCUCCGUACCAUCAAACGUAUUCAUCGGUUGUGCGAUAAGUAGUAGAUGCUUCCCGCGAUGAGCAGUUUUCUUCUUAGUUUCUACGCAUUUUGUGUGCAUCAACCCCCCCAGCUGUAUUUCAUUUCAUUUGCUCCCAUAAUUGCAAUAAAUCGUGCAUAAUAAGCGACUUUUGUCAAUUAA